UUAGCGAGGUAGCUGAUGGGCUCAACGUCGCAUCGCCGCCUCCUUGUUUACAGCUAGUUUUACAUGAAAUGUUCAUAUUUGAGGCCAGGUUAGUGCCAGCGCCCUGUUGGUGUCUGUCACCAUGAGUGUCGCGGGUCAAACCGGGUGCUGUCUGCAGUCCGUGCUGUUUACAGAGCUCUGCUUUUUACUGAUUUCCGCUCGUUAGCAUCACCGUCCAGCAGCGAUGUACAAGGAGGGAGACGAGGCGCAGGACGACUGCGGCUCCCGGGAGGAGUGGACGCUGCUGUUCUGGACCUCCCUGGCCGUCGUCGUCCCGGUCAUCAUCACGCUGUGGUGCAGCGCCCAGCGCUCCAAGCGGAAAACGCACAUGAAGGAUUUCUUUCGCAAGAGCAAGCACGGCUGGCACUACACGGACCUGUUCAACAAGCCCACCUACUGCUGCGUCUGUUCCCAGCACAUCUUGCAAGGGGCUUUCUGCGACUGCUGCGGCGUGUGCGCCGACGAGCAGUGCCUGCGCCGGGCCGACCGGAGCCUGUCGUGCAAGGAGAUCAUGGCCCCCUCCGGCCCCGACGGAGCCAUGGAGCACCGCUGGGUGCGCGGAAACGUCCCCCUCGCGAGUUACUGUGCUGUUUGCAAACAGCAGUGUGGAACCCAGCCGAAGCUUUGCGACUUCAGGUGUGUGUGGUGUCAGGCCACAGUGCACGACGACUGCAUGGACAGCUUGGAGGAUGCAGACCAGUGUGACUUGGGCGAGUUCCACAACCUCAUCAUCCCCCCUCACUACCUCUACCGUGUCAACAAACUCCGUCGCAGGCACCCCGACGAGUACAGCAAGCUGGCGUCUUCCUGCGGCAGUGGCUGGACUCCGGUGUUGGUCUUGGCUAACACACGUAGCGGUAACAACAUGGGGGAGGCUCUGCUGGGAGAAUUUCGCACCCUCCUCAACCCAGUGCAGGUGUUUGACUUGUCUGAGCUGACUCCUUCCAAAGCCCUCCAGCUGUGCACCCUCCUGCCCCCUGGCAGUGUCCGGGUGCUGGUGUGUGGAGGUGAUGGCACGGUGGGCUGGGUGCUGGAUGCCAUUGAUAGUAUGAAGCUAAAGGGCCAAGACCAGUUUAUGCCUAGGGUGACCAUCCUGCCCCUGGGGACAGGAAAUGACCUUUCCAACACGUUGGGCUGGGGUGCUGGGUACGCUGGAGAGAUCCCUGUGGAACAAGUUCUUCGUAACAUCCUCGAUGCUGAGGUGGUCAAAAUGGACAGAUGGAAAGUGCAGGUGGCUUCAAAAGGCAUCUACUUUCGUAAACCAAAGGUUCUGUCUAUGAACAACUACUUCUCCGUGGGGCCUGACGCUCUGAUGGCACUCAACUUCCACGCACACCGUGAGAAAACGCCAUCCUUCUUCUCCAGCCGCAUCAUCAACAAGGCUGUGUAUUUCCUGUAUGGCACCAAAGAUUGUUUAGUGCAGGAAUGUAAGGAUCUGGAUAAGAGGAUUGAGUUGGAGAUGGAUGGGGAGAGGGUGGUGCUGCCCAGUCUGGAGGGCAUCAUAGUUUGCAACAUUGGCUACUGGGGUGGAGGCUGCAGACUCUGGGAGGGUAUGGGGGAUGAACCCUGCCCCCCCACACGACUGGACGACGGCCUGCUGGAGGUGGUGGGUGUGUUUGGCUCCUUCCACUGUGCGCAGAUCCAGGUCAAGCUGGCCAACCCUGUACGGCUGGGACAGGCCCACACUGUCAGGCUGGUCCUCAAGAGCUCCAAGAUGCCCAUGCAGGUGGACGGGGAGCCGUGGGCCCAGGGCCCCUGCACCAUCACCAUCACCCAUAAAACCCAGGCCCUCAUGCUGUAUCACAGCGCAGAGCAGACAGACGAGGACGAAGACGAAUCCAGCGCCUCAGAGACAGAGAGCAACACCCCUCACGACUCACCCAGGCCCCCGGGGACAGCCUCCGCUCGUGCAUGACCCACCCCAGACAUCGUGUGAAGUGAAGCUCUUCUCGUCUUUCUGUUACUGUCUUCUUUCUUCUGCCCAGUUUCAAUUAAUCCCUCGUUUGCACUGGCACUUAGUCGUCCUGCAGUAAGAAUAUUUGAAUACACUUUAUCUCAAGUCAUGUUGAUGAGAAUAGAUGUUAAUUUUCAUGUGUAAUCAUUUGAGAUCUUUUCAGAGGGAUUGCAGGACUUAGAAAGGUUAGUUUGGAACUGGGCUGGUUUGUUUUUUGGUCCUUUACCUCCACACUCCACGUAUAUUAUAACCCAGAGCUCAGGCAGUCCCCCCUCCACAGGUGGGGCAGUCAGGAGGUGAAUGUUACGGAGAAAGAUUGCUAUUUAUUUGCACUGAUCCCUCGUGCCAUAGAUAUCUAUAGUCGACUAUACUGUAUUUAUUAUACUGUAUUUACAGCUGAAUGCCCAGUGCAACCCUGCAGGUAUCGGUGAGCCAUUUUUAACAAGUUGCCCAGGUUCAAUUGACAAAAGCCCCUCAAAGCCAUGUUUAAAUCAACAGCAGGUGGUGACGUAGUAAUACAGUACUGUCAUGUCCUGCAGUGUCUCCUGGACUUGUCACCCAAGGUGAGGCUUUGAAAUGUGUGCGUGGGCCAAAAGGCCUCUGCAUCUCGACGGAGCAGGGGCUCCGUUACACCUGGAAUGUGCUGUCAGUCACUGGACAUCCAUGUUGGUUUGUUUACUUCAUGAUGCACUGUCUCACGUAGUUCGCCAAACUGCUGGAUUGUACUAAGAUACAGUCUAGAAACUAGAUUUAGCUUUCCUGUGAGAGCCACAGGAAACAGGUCGACUUGUUUAAGUUUAUUUUGAAAAUACUGCCAAGUAUCUGUAGAGGAUCCAUUUUGCCUACAUGUAAGACUUUUUUUCUUUCCUCCUCUUUCCAGAGUUCUUUCUGUUGACAUAUUUUACGUUGCACUGUUUUGGCACUUACACUGAUAAAUACCUUACACUCCUGAGGGCGCAAGUUACAUUCAUGAAACCAUAAUGUCGACUUUAAUGUUACUGCCCAUAGUGAUAACUGCUGAUGAGAUUAUACUGUGUGGUGGUGUUCAUUUACAUUAUUCAACAAGUCCUCUUGCAUCCCAACAUUUGUGUUUUACCAAAUAGUCACCUCAAGGUGGCAGACUAAGGACAGUAUUUUCUGUGGACAGGUUCAAGCCUCUACAGUUCAGUAUUAAUACCCUCACUUGCAUGUACUGUUCUGUGUAGUGUUCACGUGAGAUCAGUCUACCUGUUUGAUUGUUACUGGUUGCAUUUUUUUCCCCUGUAUUCCAUAUAAUGUGUGCAAGAGGUCGUUCGUGUGUCUGUAAAGCAGCCCUGCUGCAGGGACAUUCAUUUUGCCAUUUGCGGUGGUCUUGUUUAUUCUUGCAGGAUUCCUGUGCUCACAGCCAAAUGAGAAAAGUCUGUAGGAUGUUAGUUUAUGCUUUCUAAUGAACCUGGAGCCAGCUUGCUGCUCAUAAGGCUGAACAGGGAUCAGUUUCUAGCCGUGUGACGCCUGUGUUUUUGUUGAAUAUGCAGCUCCUUGGCAGUUAACCAAGCUUCAUGGUUUCAUCACCCCCUGUUUGUUUGGUGAAUGUCUUCUUGCUCAAGGACACCUGUUUGAUUUUUUUUUGUACCUUAUCAUCCAUGUUUACCAGACAUGUUUGUGUGUUGUGCUGCUUCUUUGAAUUUGCAUAAAUGUUACUAGGGUUUAUUGGCAUGUUUUUAUCCACGCUAGCAGCAUGGCCAUACUUCAAAACACUGUUUUAGGGAGAAAUAUCUCAGUAACUGCAGGACUGAUUGUUCUGAUGAAUGAAUCCUAAAGAUUUAGUUGAUCUUCUGAGUAUUGAUUUAGAUUAUUUGUGCUUGUCAAACACUUCAGUUUAUUACAUAAUACUUGCCUGCAUCUGCUGUUAGUGUGAAGGCUUUUUUUUUUUGCUGACACAUUUGGCAUGCCAACUUUAUAAGGCAGUAAUAUGUAAAAGUCAAAGCAAGCUGAGUGGGAGGUGUGCAAAAACAUGGAGGACAACCCUUUUGAUUUACAGAACACCAUCUUUUCUAUGACACCGCCAUCAACCUUUUUUUUUUUUUUUUUUUUUUUUUGCCCCAGUACUGAUAAGGAAUCAAUGAUAGUGGUCUCUUAAACCUCUGGUGUGUAAUGACUACACUGAGGGUUGCUAGCGUGGCUAAUAACUUGUACUUGUUUUAUUGUGAGGUGUGGAGGGAUAAUGACUGUGAUGCUGUUGGUUCUUUUGAAUUCUCCCAGCUCCCAGUUGUCAGUGUGCUGUUUGUUAAACCUCGGCAGAUAUAAAACUGUAUUUUUAUAGACUCGGUUUGGCAGGAAUGAGUUCAACUGUGUCACGUAGCUCUGCUGACUGACUUCGACUGAGAUUAUGAGCGCUGGGCUUCUGCAUUCAAAGUUCAGUUGGUCCUUUCACAUUUCACUAUGUUGUGUUUACCAAAACGCUUUCCUUAUUAAUGUAUUUGAAUAUGCUUACUUUCUUUGCUGUCAAUUAUCUGUAAAAAAAAAAUAAUAAUAAUAAUAAGAGAACCCUAAAGGCUGAUAAGAAUGUGCAGAAAA